AUGACAUUCAAGAUCUUUUGCUCUUUCGAUCUUUUUGAUCCCCUCACUCACACACGCGGGCUGCAGACACCAUCUAUCGGAGCAGUUAAUACCAGACACAUAGGGAUGGGCCUAUGGCAAAUGUCGAGAAUGGCUGAUCCGCUCGGCGUCACUGCCCAGCAGUCGAUGGGAAGAGUUUGCGCAGAACUGAAGUUCAAGAAGGGCGAUAUCAAUGAGUUCACACGAUCGCUGGGUGCAAGUCGACCAUCUCAGUCGGUCUCGGCAUCAUCACCUUGUCGAUUACACCUACAUCUACAUCUACACGGUGCUGACGGCGUGUACAGGCGUACAUCGACUAAAGUGUCCUCUCAGUUCCUUCAAGAGCUCGACCAGAAGAUCAAGGACAGAGAGUUCCUACCGAAGACCCCUCUACAACGGAUAGACGGCAGAUGGGCUCAGAUGCUGCCCGAGAAGGAACAGCGUCUUCGUGUCUGCGAAGACGCAAGGCCAUUACAUAGAGUCCUCACGCGUCGACAGUCAUACCUGCUACGGGAUCCGCCCCAGGAUGCCGUCGAAGACGGUGACGACGACGCCUUUGAAGCGCAGGUGCUGACCCGCCAGGCUAGAUACAGACAAGGUCUAUGUCCUAUUAGCUCCAGAAUGCCUUUACCAAUUUCGCGGAGAUCAUUGGCGUCCUCCAGCUCGAGGCCACCGUACGAGACCAGGGCGUCUUCCAACGAGGCACGAAAGCGAGGCGAGGGGUGGCGCAACCGACUCAGGGGGGAUACGAAAGACUCUGGUCAGGCAGUGUAUAUAUAUACCCAAGAAGAUGGUCUGUUGUUUAAUGUGCGUCCUUACCAUCCGACUAUAUAUAUUUAUGGCUAUACCAUGCUUUUACCCCGUGCAGGUCUCUAUCCUCUGGGCCGUACCAUGUAG